AUGGGGCAAAGUUUAUUAAAAGCAAUGUGAUGCCGUUAUAGAGCGGAUUGAAUUCUAAGUAGAAUCCAAUAAAGAGACUGAAGCAAGGAGAUAGACUUAUACAGUUUUCAAUUGUAGAUUUGUUAAUUCUAUGACCUGAGGGUAAGACUAGGAAGUAAUCUCCAGAUGAAUCAAGGGUGGUCUUCAGAUAGAUUGGGUGGGCUUAGUUUCUUGAGGCAGAUUCCAAAGCCAGAAGACCAAGGACUCAUUAGAACAGAAGCCCCAAGAUCAGGGGAUCCCAAAAUCACAUUACAUCAAUUUCACUUGUGAACCUAUGGUGUUCUGUAUUUCCAGUCAGUCAAUAAGCAUUUAUUAAGCACCUUCUAGGUUUCAGGCUGGCUAGAUGGCACGAUAGAGAGGUCGAGGAGCUCACAGUCUGAGAGAGGGGUGAAAACAACAUAGCAACGAAAAACAAAAUAUGUGAUAAAUUGGAGAUCAGUGGAGAGAAGGGGGACCUGGAAGGAGUUCCUAUUGAAGACGGGACUGGAAGGAAGCCGGGAGAGAAGAACGAGGCGGGCAUGGAGAGCAUCCAGUGUCUGGGGAUGGAGUGUUUUGGGAGACACGUCUUUGUGGGGGAGUUGGCCACUAUGAUAUUUCAGGGAAUGUCUGCAGUUAGCUCCUCCUGUCCUCUGGCUGGCACUCCGAUGGAAGCACAGGGAUGCGGGCUCUUGAGCUACGGUUCUUUAUCUGAGGGCAUCGGCCGCAGGUAAGAGUUGAGGGGCGCUCCACAUACGCAGGGGUCGCUUAAAUUGACAGCCUUGGGCUGGUAACUGCCAGCGGCUCCCAGGACUCCAGGAGACCGCGAGGGCGGCGGGACAUAGUGGUCCGGGAGCGUGCGGGACAGCCCUCCCCGUACUCCCGGGGAAGCCUCUUGUGGGCAGGGGGCGGGUGUGGGUGAGUGGGUGGGGUGCGAUGGGGCGGCCACGCGCAUGCGCCGCUCCGGAGCUGCCGGAAGAGCCGGGGCUGCGGGGCCGGCGGCCGCUAGUGCCGGCCGGCGGGGGUUACAGGAUGGGCUGCGGGGGCGCUGUGACGGCCGAGCCUCAGGAGCCUGAGCGCCUGGAGCCGGCGCUGCAGGUUCGCGAGGAGGAGCUUCUGCAGCGCAGCGGCGGCCCGGAGGAAGAGGCGGCGGCGGCGGCGGCGGCGGCCCCCUCUCAGUACGCCGCUGGCUGUUGCUGCCCCUGCGCGUUCCGAAGCGAAAACUCCGAAGCUAAGAAGAAAGCUUCCUGCCCUGGACUUGGCUUGUUUUAUACAUUAUUGUCUGCCUUCCUUUUCUCGGUGGCCUCUUUAUUAGUUAAAAAAAUACAAGAUAUCCAUUCAGCAGAAAUUAGUGCAUUUCGAUGUGUGUUCCAAAUGUUACUCGUUCUUCCUUGCUUAAUAUACAAAAAAACGGGGUUUGUGGGACCAAAAGGCAAACGAAUUUUCCUUUUCCUCAGGGGAGUCUUUGGUUCGACAGCGAUGAUCCUUCUCUACUAUGCUUUCCAGUUAAUGCCCAUUGCUGAUGCUACUGUUAUCACAUUUACCAGUCCGGUUUUCACUUCACUCUUUGCUUGGAUAUAUCUCAAGGAAAAAUACAGUCUUUGGGAUCUUUUCUUCACUAUUUUUGCAAUUGCUGGUGUGGUGCUUAUUGCAAGACCGCCAUUUCUGUUUGGCUCCAGCACAGCUGGGAUGGAAGAAAACUAUUCCUAUCACCUCAGAGGAGCCCUAGCAGCUGUGGGCGGUGCCAUAUUUAGUGCUCUGACUCUUGUUAUCCUAAGAAAGGUGGGGAAAUCUGUGCACUAUUUCCUGAACAUUUGGUAUUAUGUAGUGAUUGGACUAUUGGAAUCUAUCAUUGUACUCUUUAUAGUGGACGAAUGGCAUCUACCCCACUGUGGGUUAGAUCGGCUGUUUUUGGUAUUAAUAGGACUUUUCGGAUUGGGGGGGCAGAUAUUUCUCACUAAAGCAGUUCAGGUAGAAAAAGCAGGGCCCGUGGCCAUAAUGAAAACAAUGGAUGUGGUCUUUGCUUUCGUACUUCAGAUUAUUUUCCUUAAUAAAAUGCCAACCUGGUGGACAGUGAGUGGUGCCCUUUGUGUGGUAGCCAGUAGCUCUGGAGCUGUCAUCCGCAAAUGGUGUGAGAAUUCCCAAGCAAAGUAACAGUGCUAAGAUGAACUUGUUGGGUAAUACUUCAUCCCAAGAACAGAAAUUUAAGGUGUAUUUUUACUAAUUGGUCAUACGGUUUAUAAGUUUAAUAAUAGGAACAUAAUUGUCCUAAAAACAUGUGUGUUUUUAAUAGUUUUAAAUGACUGUUUUGCUCAUACAAUUAUGAAUUUUAUCAAAAGAAAAAAAUGAUUCAAUUCUUUCAUGACUGGAACCAAAAAAAGUACAUGUAUGAUGCUUAAUUAAAAAAAAAAAGUAUUAUCUUUAUUAUGAGCACCUGUGUAGGAGAGAGAAUUAAGGAUAUUUUGAGCAACAUGAGGGCCAAAGUAAUAUUCUAUUAAGUGAAUAAAUUCUUACAUUUAUACAUUUUAGCAAAGCAAGAAGAAACUUAGAGUAGAAAGAUUGAUUUUUUAAUAGCUCAUAUCCAUAAAAAAACAACAACAACAACAAAUAAACCAAAGCCUAAAUCCAUAAAGUGCCUUUCCAUGCUAAUACUAAAAUUUGAACAAGGCAAAAGCUUCACGGUUUUUUAAGGGGCUAAAAGACCUUAAGUCAACAUUGGCCAAAUGUUUAAAUAAUUAAACAGUAAUUAUAGUUAUAGCCUACAAUUUGAUUUUCCUUUAUUAUUAUAUAAAAAUGCAUUCAAAUUUUGUUGUUUAUGGUCUCUCAUUUCAGUUUUUCAAAUCAUAAAGGGGAACAAUGUGGCAUAUUUUAGCCACAUUUGCAGCCUAAAGUGGUUUCCUUCCCAGAAAAAAUAGUUUUCUAUAAAUCUCUUUUAGUAUAUAAAGCAAUACCAAGUGGAAAUCUCUCAGGAUUUUAAAUAACUUUUCAGAAUUACUUUUUACAAUAACCUCUAAACCAAAAACAUGGCAUAAGAGAACUGUGGUGUAUUUUUAAAAGCCAAUUUUUCUAAGCAGCAUUAGUCAUCCUAAUUUGUGAAAGAAGUAGGGUUUUUCCAAUGGAAUUGGAAUGUGGUUUCUUAUUUUUUUAAUGUCCAAACUUUUUGUCAUUAUCUUCCUGACACUUUGAGUGGAAAAAAUAAAUAUCUCACUGAACAUAAAAGUAAUGGACAAAUAAUUGCUGAUAUGUUAUUGAAUGUUGUGUUUAUUAACUCUAGAGGCUUUAAAUGUUACUAGGGGUUUAAAUAAAAUAUUAUAUAUGCAGUAUUCUGUCAAGCCAGAAUUUAUCUUGUCUUCAAAUGGAAGAACUGUAGUAUCCAGAAGACUAUUUGGUAACUUACUUGUUAAGUAACUUAGUGUCAGAUGAAUGGAUUUAGGGAUGGAAGACCAGAUUUUCAAUUUCAGUUAUUGCUGAUAAUUUUUUGAGCCAGGUCACUUACUUCUAGGUUUUCUAUUUCCUUGCCUAUAGAACUUUCAGCUUCACAUGUUAUAAAACUAGUGUGAUCUCUGUGUUGAUACUAAGAACUUCUCUAAUGAGUAUAUGAUGACAUUUAACUCCCUCACCACCCCAAGCUGACUUUUCUGUUAGCAUAACCCUUGAGCCACUGAGUUAGAGUAACACAACUUCUUUUCCAUUUUCUGCUCAUUUAUACUGAAGGAACAGGGAUUUGAGGUCCUGAUACCUGUAUGAGAUUUUAUUUUUCUUUCUGGAAAUAAUCAUGAGAAUAAUUUUUUUCCCUCCCAGUCCUUCCUGAUUAAAGAAUUGCAAAGGAAAAUUAAACAAAGAUUAAUUUUUGCCUAUAUUACUGACCUGGCCUCUAAUGUAUUAAUUGAAAUGUUUGUAGACAUUUCAGUUCCUAACUGUCCCUGAAAUCAUCUAAUAUUGGAACUGGGAUUUUCGAUAUUUAUCAAAUCCAGGGACUCUCAAAGUAUGGCCUGGGGGCUCUCAGGACAUCCUGAGACCUUUUUUAGGAAGCCUGUAGGUCAAAACUAAUUUCAUAAAAAUACUUAGCUGUUAUAAUUUUUAGUAUGAUAAAUAUCAAUAACCCUCAUAAAAGCUCUUUGGGGUUCCUCAGUAAUUAAGAUUCUAAAAGGAUCUUGAGACCAAAAAGUUUGAGAACCUAGUAACUCAUCCUCUCACAUAUCCAGAGAAAGGAUUUGACUUGUUCCUACAUUUUUUUAUGUAUCACAUUUACCUCUCCUAAUACAUGAUGAAGCAAGGUAAGUAAACUACUCUAUACUCUUCACAAAGAUGAAUUAAGCCUCAUAGGGAACGCACUGAUAAAUAUCUUAUCCAAUGCAGGGUCCCCUGGGAUUCUGAAAGCUAAGUCACUUUGAACUCACACAUGGAAAGUUGAUUUCAUCAGUGUAAUUUAAUCACUGAGACCAUGUUGAAAGUUUACUGCUUUUCCAGACUUUUGCUUCAGUCCUCCAUCCUUGGAACUCUGAAGAACUUACUUUAGAGUUGUGACUUUUUUAAAAAGGGCUUAUAAUAUUUAAAAUAUGCAAAAGCCUUUGUGUUGUAAAGCUAUUUUUGGCAUAUGUAUUUUGCAGACAUUAUUAUCAUUUCUUGAAAAAUAAAAUAUUUUCAGAUGUUUUUAUUUCAUAAGCACUAAUAAAAAUAAAUAUUAAGAAUAA